AUGCUGAUGUCAACAAAAGCACUCACACACUUCAAGCAUCCGUCUCACCAACUCACCGAACACAUAGCAGAUACCAUAUACAUAUGUGACGCGUGCAAGAUGUAUGGAACGGGCACAAGGUUCACUUGCACACCCUGCAAUUUUUACCUACACGAGUACUGCGCCAAAUGUCCCCUUUCGCUCCCUUUUACUGUAAACCACCCCCACCCAAUGAGUCUUGUGGACUACAAUCCUCAAGUCAACCAUACCAAACCUUGUAAAAUCUGUCGUAACCCAAUUCAAGGUCUUGCAUACAUGUGCAAAAACUGCGACUUCUGGAUCCAUCCUCUUUGUGUUUUGCAUUACUUAGGCCUCCGACACUUCUUACAUCUCUCUCACAAUCUCACCGAAUUCACGGCGAAUACAUACUACAGAUGUAAUGGAUGUUACGUCAUUGGAACCGGAAAGCGAUUCAAUUGCAGCACCUGUAACUUUGAUUUACUUGAAUACUGCGCCGACUCUCCCACUUGGCUUCCUUCAACUCAGAUCCACCUUCACCCACUGAGUCUUUUUGUCGACAAGCACCAGCUCGACAAGACCAAAUUUUGUCAAAUCUGCCGUACAGCUAUUCAAGGUCUUGCUUACGAGUGUAAGGGCUGCAAUUUCUGGGUUCACUCGCUCUGUGCUUUGCAUAAAAUAGGACACGGACAUGGUGGCCAAUCCAGUAUUUUCAACCAGGGCAAUGGUAUACACAACAAGGUAGCUUUCAAGUAUCUCAGCCUAUGCAGAUACAGAGAGUAG